GCGAGAGACACGGACUCUCUCUUUGAACUCGUGGUCAAAUUGAACCUUACAACACCUAGAAUAACAGUUACGAUAUAAGACGCAAGCGAAUACCAGGAUAAGUGCGCAGACAUAGGAAAUGAGGAUCUAUAGAUACGAGAUGAAAUCCUUCAGGGAAAAAAGAUUACGUGACACUUUCCCUACCCCCGCAAUCCUGUACCCAUGCGUUCUUAAAAUCACGACCAUAUUCCUGUUUGUUGGAAUCUUCACGUGGAGUGUGACCUCGUUACUGACGCCUAUAAUAGAAACGACGCCAAGUCCUGCGAUGAUACGACAGCAGGGAGAAGCAACGAGAACCGGACAGAAAGCGAUCGUACCCCCAAAAGACCGGUCGGGAGAUUCAGAAUUGGCUAUUGCCACCCAAGGAUACACGAUACCCAGCUGCGACUGUGUCAGGUUCGGACUGAAAUUGGAAGACAUCAAGCGAGUGCAGCGAGAGGCUCGAGCUGGUAAAACCCGGCCGCCAUCUUGGUUCAGAAACAACUACACUUUCGAAGGAGAUUCCACGUGUUCGGACUACGCCACGCAGCGAGGGGCGGGGCAAAAGGUGUUUUCUUACUCGUUCUAUUCGCCGAAGGUCUAUACGGAGAGAGAAAGCCACUUCGCCAGAUACUUGGGACACUUAUACUCCCACAUUAGCAGCAUCCAGACCCAGUACCCCGGAUGGAUCAUGCGGGUUUAUCACAACGUUUCGAAGGAGGAUGCUAUCGUCAACACCAUGUUUUGUAGGCUCUCCUGCGCGUUUCAACAUGUCGACUUCUGCCACGUGAAGUACCUGCCUAAUAAUCUCGACCUAAUGGGAAAGGGGGUUGUGGGGCGGAUGUGGAGGUUUGCUGUCAUGGGCGACCCUACCGUGUCAACUUUCCUUGUCAGGGACAGUGACAGCAUGAUCAUCGAGCGGCAGGUCCGAGCAGUACAGGAAUGGCUGGCGUCAGGCAAGGGCUUCCACGUCAUGCGCGACCAUCCUAAUCAUCAUGCUAUCAUGCUGGCAGGCCUUUGGGGGGGGCACAACAGGAACCUUUCGCUGCUGAGGAAAGUCCGAGACGAUAUCUUCGCUCAGCCUACCAACCUGACCACCAAGUUUGAUCAGUACAUGCUGGCUACGAAGCUUUGGCCGCAUAUCAAGGACGACGUCUUGCAGCACGACAGCUACAACUGCCUCCAGGCUGGCCACGAAGGAUCGCUGCCCUUUCCUGUCAGACGCAUCGACGGGCUCUACUGCGGCUGGGGCCCUACCAAGCUGCGGGAGAGGAAGGUCGUCCUGGACACGAGGUGCCCCCUCGAGUGCAGGCCCAAAGACCACCAGGACUGGAACCACUGCUAGGCGGGGCGUGUU